GAGAGAGAGAGAGAGAGAGAGGAGGCAGUGAGCGAGGGAGAGCAAGAGAGGGAAAGGAGAGAAUAAGAAGAGGAGGAGGAGAAAGAGGAAGACUAGUGUGUGCGGGGCAGAGAGGAAAAGCAAGUUGGAGAGCGGGUGGAGAAGAGCCUGAGAAUUCUUUUUUUAUUCUUCCUUUCCCCAAUUAGAAGCUUUUUGCUUUUUCUUUCAUUUCCUUUCCUUUUUUUCCUUUUUUGAUUAGUCCGAGUUGCGCCCAUGCAUUUUCCAGUUUCCUUUUAGGAAAGGAAGCAGGGCAAUGCUGAAGAAAAUGAGGCAAGGCGCGCUCCAGACCAGCUGCCUCCUGGUCCUGGGGUUCUUGGCUCAUUCUUUCGGAGGAUUCCCCAACACCAUCAGUAUAGGUGGACUCUUCAUGAGAAACACCGUCCAGGAGCACAGCGCUUUCCGCUUUGCCGUCCAGUUAUACAACACCAACCAGAACACCACCGAGAAGCCCUUCCAUUUGAAUUACCACGUUGAUCACUUGGACUCUUCCAAUAGUUUCUCUGUGACUAACGCUUUCUGCUCCCAGUUCUCCAGAGGGGUGUAUGCUAUCUUCGGGUUCUAUGACCAGAUGUCAAUGAACACCCUGACCUCCUUCUGUGGGGCCCUGCACACAUCCUUUGUCACACCCAGCUUUCCCACUGAUGCCGAUGUGCAGUUUGUCAUCCAGAUGCGGCCGGCACUGAAGGGCGCCAUCUUGAAUCUGCUGAGCCACUACAAGUGGGAGAAGUUUGUGUACCUGUAUGACACUGAAAGAGGAUUCUCGAUCCUCCAGGCAAUUAUGGAGGCUGCUGUGCAAAACAAUUGGCAAGUGACAGCAAGGUCUGUGGGAAGCAUCAAGGAUGUGCAGGAGUUCCGGAGGAUCAUUGAGGAAAUGGACAGGCGUCAGGAGAAGCGAUACUUGAUCGACUGCGAAGUCGAGAGGAUCAACACCAUUCUGGAACAGGUAGUAAUCCUGGGGAAACACUCCAGAGGUUAUCACUACAUGCUGGCUAAUCUGGGCUUCACGGACAUUGUGCUGGAAAGAGUCAUGCAUGGGGGUGCCAACAUUACAGGAUUCCAGAUCGUGAACAAUGAGAAUCCCAUGGUUCAGCAGUUCAUACAGCGCUGGGUGAGACUGGAUGAAAGAGAGUUUCCAGAAGCCAAGAAUUCUCCCUUGAAGUACACAUCCGCCUUGACACACGAUGCCAUACUGGUCAUAGCGGAAGCUUUCCGCUACCUGCGCAGGCAGCGAGUGGACGUCUCCAGGAGAGGCAGCGCUGGAGACUGCUUGGCCAACCCUGCAGUGCCAUGGAGCCAAGGAAUCGACAUUGAGAGAGCUCUAAAAAUGGUCCAAGUACAAGGAAUGACUGGAAAUAUCCAAUUCGAUACUUAUGGACGUCGUACAAAUUAUACAAUUGAUGUGUAUGAAAUGAAAGUCACUGGCUCUCGAAAAGCUGGCUAUUGGAAUGAAUAUGAAAGAUUUGUCCCUUUCCUGGAUCAGCAAGUCAGCAAUGACAGUUCAUCCUCUGAAAAUAGGACUAUAGUGGUGACUACCAUUCUGGAAUCUCCCUAUGUCAUGUACAAGAAGAACCAUGAGCAAUUAGAAGGUAAUGAGCGCUAUGAAGGCUAUUGCGUUGACUUAGCCUAUGAAAUAGCCAAGCAUGUGAGGAUCAAAUACAAGCUGUCCAUUGUUGGAGAUGGGAAAUAUGGCGCAAGGGAUCCUGAGACAAAAAUAUGGAACGGCAUGGUUGGGGAGCUUGUCUAUGGGAGAGCAGAUAUAGCUGUUGCCCCUCUCACUAUAACCCUGGUGCGUGAAGAAGUGAUAGACUUUUCCAAGCCCUUCAUGAGUCUGGGCAUCUCCAUCAUGAUUAAGAAGCCUCAGAAAUCAAAGCCAGGAGUGUUCUCUUUCCUCGACCCCUUGGCCUAUGAGAUCUGGAUGUGCAUUGUCUUUGCCUACAUUGGCGUCAGUGUCGUUCUUUUCCUGGUCAGCAGAUUCAGUCCUUAUGAAUGGCACUUGGAAGAUAAUAAUGAAGAACCUCGGGAUCCCCAGAGUCCUCCUGACCCACCUAAUGAAUUUGGAAUAUUUAAUAGCCUCUGGUUUUCCUUGGGUGCCUUUAUGCAGCAAGGAUGUGAUAUUUCUCCAAGAUCUCUCUCGGGCAGAAUUGUUGGAGGAGUUUGGUGGUUCUUUACCCUCAUCAUCAUCUCUUCCUACACCGCCAACCUCGCUGCCUUCCUAACUGUGGAGAGGAUGGUGUCGCCCAUAGAGAGUGCGGAGGAUCUGGCUAAGCAGACUGAGAUUGCUUAUGGAACCCUGGACUCGGGCUCGACCAAAGAAUUCUUCCGACGGUCUAAAAUAGCCGUCUACGAGAAAAUGUGGUCGUACAUGAAAUCGGCCGAACCGUCGGUGUUUACCAAAACCACAGCGGACGGCGUGGCCAGAGUGCGGAAGUCCAAAGGAAAGUUCGCCUUCCUGCUGGAGUCAACCAUGAACGAGUAUAUUGAGCAGAGAAAGCCGUGUGAUACCAUGAAAGUUGGUGGAAAUCUGGAUUCCAAAGGCUAUGGUGUGGCAACCCCUAAAGGCUCAACAUUAAGAACGCCUGUAAACCUUGCAGUAUUGAAACUCAGUGAACAAGGCAUCUUAGACAAGCUGAAAAACAAAUGGUGGUACGAUAAGGGGGAGUGCGGAGCCAAGGACUCCGGGAGUAAGGACAAGACCAGCGCUCUGAGUCUGAGCAACGUAGCCGGCGUAUUCUACAUCCUUGUCGGAGGCCUGGGGCUGGCCAUGAUGGUGGCUCUGAUAGAGUUCUGCUACAAAUCCCGAGCGGAAUCCAAACGCAUGAAACUCACCAAGAACACUCAAAACUUUAAGCCUGCUCCUGCCGCCACUACCCAGAAUUACGCCACUUACAGAGAAGGCUACAACGUGUAUGGAACAGAGAGUGUUAAGAUCUAGGGUCCCUCCCCACUGGGAGCGUGUGACAGAACGAUUCACCGAAAAAGUGGCUGCUUCAAGGAUCCUGAGCCAGAUUUUUCUCUCUCCUUGGUGUCAGACACGACACGACUAUUGCUGAUGGUGCAAUGACCUUUCAAUAGGAAAAACUGAUUUUUUUGGUCCUUCAGUGCCUUAUGGAACACUCUGAGACUUGCAGAGAUGCAAAUCAUCAUUGAAAUAUUCUUGCUUUGCUUGAAAAUCUAACAGAUACACAAACAAACAUACACACACAAGGUGGAUGGGCAAGAUUCUCAUAUGGAAAAAAGGAAAUGAUUCUUGUAAAAAAAAAAAAAAAAAA